GAAAUAUUAAACAGUCUUUCGUAUUGACGCCCCAGCGAGCCAUCUGGUUGAUGGCUCUAUUUUCUGUCGAACCAAAGUUCACAUAAUUGAAAUAGUUGUAUUAGUGAUUACAGUGUUAUAUUAAGAAAAAGAGUCACGAUGCUGGUCGACUUUAAUAAUAUCAACAUUCCCGAGUUCAUGGACUCUACGUUUUUUGAAGCUGCAUUUAAAAGUGGUUUUCAUGAAAAAGUCGUUGAAGUGAAGAACGUCUUCUUCACAAUGGGGCCCAAACUAGGGGAAAAUUACAUUAGCCAUAUUUAUAGAGCGGACGCAACCUAUAACGAGGGGGACGCAGAUGACAAAACAAUAUCCCUCAUAAUUAAAGUUCAACCCAGUGGUCCACUUGGGGAACGUUUCGGGGAAAUUGGAUUGUUCAGGCGAGAACGUGAUAUUUACGUACAUGCUUUACCAGAAAUAGAACGCCUGCUUGAUGGUGAAGCGAUUGCUCCCAGAUUUCUGUAUUAUAUGCCGGUGCCAGUUGAAACUUUUGUUUUCGUGGAUGUUACACCUCUGGGAUAUAUCCUUGCCAAUCGUGUUAAAGGCUUAGACGAGGAACACUGUAGACUAGUCUUCGAAAAACUAGCCAAAUUUCAUGCAGCUUCAAAGGUUCUCGCCAGGGAGCAACCCGAAGUAUUCCGGAUCUUCAGCAAAGACCUUUUUGCCGACAGUAGUGAAGACCAAAACAUGAUGCAACAAAGUUUUAUACCAAAUUUCGAGCAUUUGGCCAAAGUGGUGCAAACAUGGCCGGGCUUUGAAGAAACCGCAGAAAAACUUAACCGAUUCAUCUCGAUAAUUCCACAAAAUAUGGCUAAAUGGUGCGGGCCUGCCAAAAGGGAAACGAAAGUCCUUACUCACAAUGACCUCUGGGUGAAUAAUAUUUUGUUUAAAUAUGAAAAUGGAAAACCGAUCGAUCUUUAUUUUAUUGAUUUCCAGGGUUCAGUGUAUUCAAGCCCCGGUCUCGAUUUCUCUCAUUUCUUGUAUACGAGCCCCCAGUUUGAUGUUUUGGACCAAAAACGAGAUUUGCUGACCGAAGGGUGCUACUAUAAAACUUUCAAGUCAACCUUAGAGAAUUUAGGAUACAGUCCCAUUCCUACUUUGGAGAAUAUUUUGGAAGAAAUUGAGAAACGAGAAACAGUUGGCUUUGUCUGGUCUGUGGUGAAAUUGUUCCUUAUCUGCAUGGAUCCAAGUGAAUGUGGAGAAAACAGUUUAGAAAAUUUGACUGACAAAGACAAAGGGGACAGAAUUCGUGGAAUAGGAAUGUCUUCAAAAAGAUUUGUGUCUACUAUGCAAUAUGUUUUAAGAAGAAUGGAGAAAAUUGGCGUUUUGAAAUAAAUGAAGCACUCAAACACAAUAGAUAUAAAAUUUUGCAUUUAUUUCAAGAUGAUAUUAAAAUGCUUUAUAGUAAA